UCAACGGGGGACUGCAGUUCAGCUCAACCUUUGUGACUUCCAACAAUGAUGGUACACGAUGUGUUUGUGUAUCUGCUUGUUGUGUGUGGAGUCCUUCCAGCGGUUUUGUAUCCACAGAGGUCUGCAGCUGAGGGAAAACUUUGCCACUUACAACAAUGUUGGUACAUGGUCUGCAUGUGUAUCUGCUUUUAGUGUGUGGGGUCCUUGAAGCAGCUCUAACAGCAGUGAUCCAAACACAGCAGACUGUGCUGGCAGCAGUGGGAGAAGAUGCUGAAUUCAGCUGUCAGCUCUUGGAGACUAAAGACGUCCUUCAGGUCACAUGGCAGAAAAUCUCAGCUGAUGGGGUUGACACUGUUGCCACUUACAACAAGUACUUUGGUCAGAGAGUGAAUGCUGCAUUUACAGAUAAAGUUGAGUUUAAACAUACUGGACUACAGAACUGCUCCAUAGUCAUCAGGAAUGUGACAGAGCAGGAUGAAGGCUGCUAUCACUGUCUGUUUCACAGAUACAGUGAAGGCUCUCUGAGAGGGAGAACCUGCCUCCAAGUCUACGAGCUGCAUGAACCUGUUCUUGAUGUCAGAGAGUCAAACUCUCCUGCAGAGUGGGUUGUUUCCUGUUCAGCCACUGGUCGACCUGCUCCCACUGUAACACUCAGUGUCUCACAACAACACCUCAGCUUCUCCCAGUACAACACUGUCAGUGUGUCCAACACCAACGCUACAUUCACUGUCACCACUACAGCUGUGCUCUCAGGUUCACGGAGAAACAGCACACAGGUGGGAUGUGCAGCACGAGUGCUCUCUGCUCCUCAGAUAGAGGUCAUUCAGGUCAUUCCUGAGGAUGAUGAUGAUGAUGAUGAUGAUGAUGAUGAUGAUGAUGAUGAUUUGACGUGGAUCAUUGCGUUUGGUUUGGUGAUCUCUGUUUGUGUUGCUGUUGCUGUCGUCAUAUGUAAAAACAGGAAAAGGAAUAAAACCCCUUUAAUCGAGAUGGAGAACAAGGGGAUCAGUGAGUGCUGAGUGACAGCUGAAAAAAAGAGCACCUAAAGCUGCCGCCUUCACCAGCAAGAAGACUUGUGCUCUAACAAACAGCCAGUGAACACACACUUCAGAUUAACACACCAUAAUUGCUUAAUUAAUUUAUGCCAAGAUAGUUGACUUUAAGAAAUAUUCCAGUCAUAAGAGCUAAAUGCAUCGAAGCUAAAGGAACAAAGCUUUAAUGUCAAUGUAGAAAGAUUCAAACAAAUGACACGUGAGACAUGAGCGCUAAGAAGUUUCUACUUUGUAUUCACACAGAUGUGAAACAUGAACAAUCUGUUACCAUUACUUUAUGUACCAUAUACCUUAUAAUAUAAAAA